CCCCUGCCCUCCUGUCCCCUCCAUGGGGGAGGGACGGCCUGGCGGUGAGAGGAGGCAGCUGGGGGACAGGUCAGCCACCCCCCCUGGGCCUCCCCCGGAAGCCCCCGGGCCCCUGCGGGUUCCACGAGGCCCAGCCUGCCUGCCUCUGGUCUGGGAGGCCUCUGCCGGGGUUUCACUUCUGUCCCGGGGGUUAAGUCACACGCGGGCCCUCCUCUCCCCACCGGCGGCCCACGGCGAGCCUUUGCUAUUUACCCACCUCAGACUUUGGAAGGAUCGUGGACCUCGGCUGGAAGGAAGCAGGGGGAGCCGGGCCCUGCCUGUCCCCCACCACCGGUUUGAGCAGCUGCGAGGGGUGGCAGGGCUGUGGGCCUGGACUCCGUUCUGGUCCUGCCAGGCAUCGAGCUGUGUGACUCGGGCUAUCGCCUGGCUUCUCUGAGCCUCGUGUUUGCUUCUGCAGCCUGGGCUGUGACAGUUCGCCCUCACGCCGAGGUCGGGGGAAGGGGGGGAGAUGGAGGGAAGCCCAGGCCAGAGGGCCAGGCUGCAGGGGGUGCUUCUGGGCCCUGCCCCCCAACCCCAGUCCCAUGUAACCCCUCAGGGCCCUGUCUGCCCCCCAGCGUCUCUUAUAGGGGCUGUCAUUCUGAGUCCCAUUAUACAGACAGGGACACUGAGGCCGGCGGGGUCCAGUCUCGGGAUGGACGCAUGCAGCGGGCAGCCCAGAGCUGGGAUUCAAACCAGGCCCACACCUGUCCCAGCCAGGGAGCUGGAAGUGGGAAAGGCAGAACCCGGGUCCACCAGAACAGGAGGCUGGGCUGGGCUGGGCUGGGGGUGUGGGGCACAGAUCUCAGGGGUGACCCUGGGGCUAAACCAAACAGCUACUCACCCCUGCGAGGAGGAGGGAUCUGACCUCACGGUGAGUCUCCAGAAGAGGCAGCUGGGAGGAUGGCAGCCCUGAGGCAGGAGGCCAGUGUUGCUCAGAUCUAGGGUGGGGGUGGUUUAAGUGACACAGAGGGCGCUGGAUCCCCACCCCCCGGCUCCAGGGCCUCGGGAAAAGACCAUCCAAGGCCACGUGGUUAGGGUCGCCUCUGGGCUGGGCACCAGAGUGGGCUGGGCUCCCUCUGGAAGUUUUCAGGGAGGAAGGAGGAGGGGCUGGUGAGGCCAGGCUCUGAGAGCAGCAGGAGCAGGCGGGUCCCAGCCAUGCUGUCCCCUCGGCCUGAUGGAGGCCUGGACCCCCAAGGAGGACUUGGCAGGGGCCCCCUCUGAGUGUCAGGAGGGCCCCUCCGCCAGCCCCCAGGCUCCCCAGCCCGCAGGACUGAGGCUGCAGACCCCCGGCUCUGUGCUUGUCCUGCAUCUGCCCCCCCCCCACCAGCAGCCCCCCGGGGCAGUGAGGCUCCAGCUGUUAGGAUUUCAGGGUGGCAGCUGCAGUAGGACAGCUGGCUUCCUGGCGGCCAGUAGACUUGCGUCCGAGUCUUCCUUUUCUCAGUCUAUAAGUGGGGAACAGCCUUACUGUGGCACAGUCGUGGGGCUGGGUCCACCGCGGGCUUCUAGCAGGUGGGCACAGUCCUGGCUGUGCCCACACGCCAGGCCCGGCCCUGGCCAGGCUUCCGUCCUCCCAGCGACCUGGGGGCAGGCACCCUCAGGACCCCUGCUUCACAGGCAGGAAGUAGCAAUUCGCGGGCGGGCUUUCCUGGACACGCAAAUAAGCAACAUUCCAGCCCCAGGCCUGGAGUGGUGAGGAAUCAGGCACACGGGUCAGGUGACAAGGCCUCUGGCCGGGUCAGGACCAGCUGUGGAACCCGGCCCUGUCCCUGCACUGCUGAGAGCCGCCUUCACCCACCUGGGACGGGGGUCCGGACCUGGCUCUGUGUUGGGAGGCUGCUGGCAUCCACAACGGGGUGAUUGCCGUCUUCCAGCGCAAGGGGCUGCCCGACCAGGAGCUCUUCAGCCUCAACGAAGGCGUCCGAACCAGCUGCUGACGAAAGGCAUGGUGAUCCUGCGGGACAAGAUCCGCUUCUACGAGGGACAGAAGCUGCUGGACUCCCUGGCCGAGACCUGGGACUUCUUCUUCAGCGACGUGCUGCCCACCCUGCAGGCCGUCUUCUACCCGGUGCAGGGCAAAGAGCCGUCCGUGCGCCAGCUGGCACUGCUGCACUUCCGGAAUGCCAUCACCCUCAGUGUGAAGCUGGAAGACGCGCUGGCCCGCACCCGCGCCCGCGUGCCCCCUGCGGUUGUGCAGAUGCUGUUGGUGCUGCAGGGCGUGCACGAGUCCCGGGGAGUGACCAAGGACUACCUGCGCCUGGAGGCGCUGAUCCAGAAGGUGGUGUCGCCCUACCUGGGCACCUACGGCCUCUACUCCAGCGAGGGUACCUUCACCCACCCCUGCAUCCUGGAGAAGCACUUACUGCGCCGCUCACGUUCCGGGGACGUCCUGGCCAAGAAUCCGGUGGUGCGCUCCAAGAGUUAUAACACGCCGCUGCUGAACCCCGUGGCGGAGCACGAGGCCGAGGGCGCGGCGGCCGGCAGCACGGGCAUCCGGCGACACUCCGUCUCCGAGAUGACGUCCUGCCCGGAGCCCCAGGGCUUCGCCGACCCGGCCGGCCAGGGGCCCCCCGGGACCUUCAGGCCCUCCCCGGCGGGGCCCUGCCCCAGCAGACUGUACCCCCCGGCCCAGUCCCCGGAGCCCGGCCCGGGCCCGGCCCGCAGCUCGCCGGCCUCCUCCAGCCCCGAGAACCUGGUGGACCAGAUCCUGGAGUCGGUCGACUCGGAUUCGGAAGGGAUCUUCAUUGACUUCGGCCGGGGCGGGGGCGCUGGCGCGUCGGGGUUUGAGGGCGCGGGGGGCCGGCAGAGCGUCGUGUGACGGCUGCGUGCGUUCCCACCGACCCCGCGUGUGUGCCCGUGCAGUGCGUGAGUGCGAGAGUUUUCUACUGUCCCAUCCAGUCCCCGACGGCCGCAGCCCUCGGCCUUCCCGAGUCUGUCGGAAAAGCUGCAGCCGCCACCAUCCCAGACCCCGCGCCUUCGUUCUGGGGCGGCGGCGGCUCGCGGAGCCCCGUCUGCGGGAUCGGGCACCGCCACCCCCAACCCCCCCACACACACCGCCCUCCAGGGCCCACACCACGGAGACUGUGAACCCCUCUGCCUGGCCUAGCCCCCAGGGUGACAUGGCCGGUGGCAGACCUGGUUUCCCCUCGCCCACUCGCUCCAGCCACAGCGUGACCUCCCAAGCGUGACUCUGCCCCAGACCCUCCAGCGGUCCUGGUGGCUGGGACAGGAGGCGGGUGGAAUAAAACUUGUCUAUCUGG